GGUGAGGAGAUGAGAGGGAUGCAGUGAGAUGACCGGACAGGACGAUGUGGACAUACCCGAAACAGGAGCCAUCUUUACAUUUGGAAAGAGCACUUUUGCUGACAACGUGCCUAGUACAUUCUGGUUGAAGAAUGACCUGCCUGUGCACAUCUCCUGUGGCUGGGAGCACACUGCUGUCACCACAGAAAAUGGCAGGCUGCUCAUGUUUGGUGGUAAUACUUGGGGCCAACUGGGGAUUGGAUCUAAGCCUGCUGCCAGCAAACCUGCCUUUGUGAAAGCCUUAAAGUCUGAGAAGGUGAAGCUUGUGGCUUGUGGGAGGGAUCACACAAUCGUCUCCACAUGGCAGGGCAGUGUUUACAGUGCUGGCAGAAACCAAGAGGGGCAGCUCGGUUUGGGUCACCACGACAACACUUCAUCCUUCCUCCUGCUGCAACCCUUCUGCGGCUAUGCACCAAUCAAAAAGCUUUCUGCUGGAUGCAAUACCUCAGCUGCCUUAACAGAGGAUGGGAGGCUGUUCAUGUGGGGAGACAACUCUCAGGGUCAGAUUGGUUUGGGGGAUGAGGGUUUUUCAGCAGAACCCAGAGAGGUGGGUGUUGGUGAGGCGGUGAUCUGGGUCUCCUGUGGGUACCACCACUCAGCAUUUGUCACAGCGGACGGAGAUCUCUUCACGUUUGGCGAUAGCGCGAAUGGAAGGCUUGGUCUCCAGGAGGAGCAGCUGGCCAAUCACAGAGUCCCUCAGCGGGUGCAAGGGAUUGUAGGUCAUGUCACGCAGGUUUCUUGUGGAGGCGAGCACACCGUGGCACUCACAGAGGAGAACGUGUACACGUUUGGCCGAGGUCAGUACGGUCAGCUGGGCCACGGGACAUUUCUGUUUGAAGUCGAUUUGCCAAAACCACUGGAGCACUUUUCUAACAGUAGUAUCAAACAUGUCGCCAGUGGAGAAAACCACACCGCUGUGAUCACAAACAGCGGGCUUCUCUACACGUUUGGUAACUGUCGUCAUGGGAAACUGGGUUUAGGGCAGGAGAACUUUAUCAACCACUUCAGCCCGGCCCUCUGCACACGUUUCCUAAAGUACAAUGUUCUAAUAGUGUCCUGCGGUGGAAACCACAUGCUGGUAACUGCAGCCCCCAGACCACCAGAGAGUCAAGAAGUGUUGCCAGAGGAGGAUGUAACAAUCACAGAUACCUUUUUGGAGCCAAAUUAUCGAGAACUCCUGCUGGACCCUUUGAUUGAUCCUAAUUUAAUCGUCCCACUCUCAGCGAUCGCUGCUCGAGCCCGCCACAGACAAAAAAUCUCCAGUGAUCUCAUCUCAACCAUCGAGCCCACAUUCUCAGUCAUCAAACACCUCUCAGAACAAAUCCUCUGCUUCCUAUAG